ACCUUUAAUAGAACACCGCAGACAAUGCUUAGCUCCGCCCAGGACGCAACAUCAUUAGCAAAGCCUACUCCUUUUUCCAAGCAAGACGUGGACUCUCUUAUAUACUCUGUAUUUAGAGUAUAUCAGUAAACUUCUUGAUCCAUACGGAUAAAUUGGGAAAAGAGCUGAUGAGGGUAAGGGAGGAUGAGACAUGUUUGCCCACUUGUACUGCUUCUGGUCUAUUUGUCAGGAAGUUAACACAGGGACAGGCUGAGUCCCAGGACCUCCGAUUUAGAGCUCAUUUAAAGGCUGAAGUAAGAUCAGUAUGAAUACAAUUGCAAGAUUGUUGCUGCUACUGCUGCCUCUCCACUUUUGCACUUUAUCUGACAUGAAACUACUUUACAGAGAAAGAAGAGGAACACGCAGCUAUAAAGACCACUGUGUAGAGUCAAGCAUAACUGCAAUCAGAGAGAUAGGGGAAACUUGGCUACGAUGGAGAGGUCAGAAGGUUGAGUAUUGCCGCUGUGCAUCAAGAGCAAGAGCACGCUGUUACUACAUACCUACCACUACUUGUUAUGUAUCCAGAUGCUACAGUGGUGGUACAUGUAAGGAGGCAGUGCUCUCCAAUGACUUCAUAUGCCUGUGUUCACCAGGUUUUUCAGGACAACAGUGCGAAAUCAAUUUGAAUGAGAAAUGUGUGAGUGGGCAUGGCUAUGAUUAUCGUGGUACUUGGAGCAUCUCCAGCUCUGGCGGUGAGUGUAUCAACUGGAACUCAACAUUACUUAGAGGAAAAAAAUUCACAGCCAGGAAACCAGACACAAGAAUCCUUGGACUGGGCAAUCACAACUACUGCAGAAAUCCAGAUGGAGACUCCAGACCAUGGUGCUACAUUUAUAAGAAGUCUCAAAUUGUGUGGGAAUUCUGUUCUAUACCAAACUGUACAACAGACCCUGUACUGGAGUGUGUACAGGACUCAGGUCAGUCUUAUAGAGGAACUCAGUCAGUCAGUAAAAGCAAUGCUAAUUGUCUGCCAUGGGACUCACCUGCAAUCUAUCACAAGUCUUAUACAGCCUGGAGGCCAGAUUCCAGAGAGCUGGGUCUUGGCAGCCACAGCUACUGCAGGAACCCAGACAGUGAUCUUGGUCCUUGGUGUCACAUUUAUAAAGGCUCCCAGCUGACUUGGGAGCUCUGUGAUAUUCCCAAAUGCUCAAGGAAACCAUCUACCAUUACAACCCUUGGACCAAGAGCCCCUACAACUGCCAUCAGAGGAACUUCUUGUGGUCAGCGUUCUGAAAGGCCAGCUAGUUCUCUGCCAAUAUACAGAAUACUUGGAGGUCAGGUUAGUGACAUCAAACAACAACCAUGGCAAGCUGCUAUCACUGUGUACUCACCACGUACCAAAUCACAUAACUUUUUGUGUGGGGGAGUCCUCAUUGACUCCUGCUGGCUCCUCUCUGCAGCACACUGCUUCCAGGAGAGAUUUACAGAAAACCACAUGCAUGUGAUCCUUGGCCGAACCUUCAGGCUUCAGAAUUCUAGCAGUGAGCAGAUAUUUGAUGUGGAGAGGUAUUGGAUUCAUGAAGAAUACAACGAUGUGAAUUAUGAUAAUGACAUAGCUCUGUUAAAACUGAAGAGUGAAUCUGGCAUCUGUGCUGUAAAUACUCCAGAGGUGCUGCCGGUCUGUUUACCAGACCUUGGAAUGGUUUUCCCAGAUUGGAUGGAGUGUGAGAUUUCUGGUUAUGGCAGGGACAAAGAAUUCUCGCCAUUCUAUUCUGAGCAAAUAAAACAGGGUCAUGUGCGCCUUUGGCCCCAGGAGCAGUGUGUGCCAAAGAAACUCUCUGGGCGUGAAAUCACGGCUAACAUGUUGUGUGCUGGAGACACACGUGGCCUGGACGAUGCCUGCAAGGGUGACUCAGGUGGUCCUCUAGUCUGUGAAAAGGACAGCCAGAUGACCCUCCUAGGUUUGAUCAGCUGGGGGGAUGGAUGUGGAAAGAAGGACAUGCCAGGUGUUUACACACGUGUUACAAAAUACACAACCUGGAUUUCCAGCAAGAUGAGAUCAAACUAAAACACAAAUUCCAAGAACAGUGGCUAAAAGUAGACUAAUUUGAAAUCAUCUUUUGGAUUUUCAGAGAGAAAUUGAUUAAAUAAUCCAGUUCUAAAUGUAUUGCCCUUAUUUUUUCCAUACAGCAAUCUCAAUGCACUCAAAUAGGUGUAAUGGUGGAAUAUGUACACAAAUGUACUCUUAUACAGAAAUACAACAUGUGUAUAUUAUUAUGUUCCCAAGUCCAGUAAAUAUAAAUCUGCAUUUAAAAAUAUAAAUGAUUAAAGUUUGAAAACUGUAUUCACACUGUAUCACAAUAAAUAUAUUUAGAGGUUAAUGUGUGUCUAACCUAAGUGCCUAACUGCCCUCAACUUGCAUAAUGUAAGGUAAAUAUGGUAAGAUAUGGUAAUGGGAUAUAUAUAUAUAUAUAUAUAUAUAUAUAUAUAUAUAUAUAUAUAUAUAUAUAUAUAUAUAUAUAUAUAUAUAUAUAUAUCCCAUUGUAUUUAUAUAUAGGUAAAUAUCCUUUUAAUUUCAUUUAUAUUGUGAAAGAAUUUCUGAUUUUACACAGUUAUCAUAUAGGUUUCCUAGUGCUUUUUAGUGCAUACAGUCCCACGCAAAGGUAUUUGCAGGUCAAGGCCAAUUAUGUUGUUGUAUAUGUAGAAAAAUGUUAGGAAUCAAGGAGUAUAAAACAAUUGAUCAAAUUUUCAGCUUUAAUUUCACAGAUAUCUGUGUUAAACAACACCUUUCAUGGCAGACCACAUGUAACAUCAUAUGCGACACUGAUGAUGGGGAUCAUCCCCAGAUCUCUGCCUGCAGCUCAUUCGCCGAAAGUAAUAAGACCAAUCCCAAACACAAGAUUCCAAUGCGUCUGUAAUUUAAUUAAACAAUAUAAAUGUAAUAAACAUAACAAACAUGAACAUAACAAACGUGGUAAACAUGACAACAGAGCACACGUAACUAAAAUAACUUGAACUAUACAACAUUCAAAUCAAUGUGAUAAGACAAAGACUCACAAACACCAAGAUACUCAGACAGACAUAUAUAACACACUUAAUCAAAACUAAUGAGACCCUGGUGACAUGGUGGAAACAAGGUAGGGGCGUGGCACCGCCCACAUAGAAACAAUAAAACACGUGAAUAUGAGGAGACCUGCCAGCCUGCCCUCUAUUCGUCUGGCCGGGGACUGACAAAUCUCCUGACACCGCACAAUAUUCAUAUGCAAAAAUGUGUACACAUUUGGAAGAGAUAUUCUUGAAAUAAAUUAAAGGAAAGAACAUUUAAUAUUUGGUUGUACAUCCCUUGCUUGUUUUAACUGUAUCAAGCCAGGAAAAACACUGACAAUACCAAAAUGUUAGAUUCUUCUUUUGUGAUGCAAUUCCAAGCUUUGAACAGGGUUGUGUUCUGACCUGUUCUUUGGAAGUUGCUGGUGAUGCCACUUUUGGGUUUUUUUCACAGCUUUCACAAUGUUUCCAUUAUCAACAGUUGUUGAUUUCAUUGGCCAACCCAUUCAAUGUCUGGUUGUUAGUACAAUAGUGAUUUUCUUUAUUUUUCAGGAUAUUCCAUCUUGUGUUUGCUGUUCAGUGACUGUGAAAUGUCUCUGCAGACAUGUUUGAUUUUGCCCUUUUUUCUCAGAUGGACAUGUCAAAACCAUGAAAACAUUAGAAAACAUUAAAAAAAACAAUGUCUCAAGCCAAUGAGUAGAAUUCAGUGCUAUUAUUUGUUUUAACACCUAAAGCAACUAUUAAUCACAUAUUACAAUAUUUUACCUUUUGAUGGUCAAUCAAAAGGUGCGAUGUUCUAAGAUGGUUGACACAUCUCGAUGUAGAUUUCAGGAAAUUAAAAAUAAACUAAUGAUCUGAUCUUCUGAUCUCAAACACAAAUGUCUAUAGUGUAUAUCAAAAACAAUAUAUGUGGCCUUGCCAUUACAAUACUUUUGAAUGGGAGUGUAUAAAAGUUACACAUACAAUAUUAUUUAAAGUGAUGUUUUUAUUUUCCAUUUUUUAAGCACCUCUGCUGGCUCAGAGAGAUUUUUAUGUGGUCUGAUAUUUUAGGUCAGGUCAAGUAAGACCUUUGUUCAUUGUUUAUUAAAAGUUUAAUCCACAUAAUUGUAACAUGGUGUUAGUCUUUGUAUUUUGACAGAGAUAUUUUUAAAUAUACAAUAUUGUAUCAAGUUCAUGUAACUUUAUCACCUGUAAUUGUAUUAUUUAGCAUUAAAUAAAUUGUAAUUCCACA